UAGUAGGCUGAACGAUCAGCUGUGACUAUUUGAUUACAGUGUCGAGCAGUAGGAGUAAGAUAGGAGUGAAUUCAAAUGAUUGUAUGUAUUAAGAAUGUAAAAAACCAAACCUUGAAAGCACCAAAUUAAUUUAUACACCUGAAUAAUUACACGAAAUUCAUCGUUCACCAAUUUCUUCAGAUGGAUACUUAGUCGUUACAUAUUGUGAUCGUUACAUUACAGUGACAAUUCACCAAUACAUAUGCACAAAUUGACUUUUAUGUUUACUUCUGACGAGAAAAAAUACCAUGUGAUAGUCCAUACAAGCUUUUCUUAAGUAUUUAUUACAGAAUAAUCUGAAGCAAUUUUGUUAGAGAUAUACGUCAGAAUGCUCAACUCGCUGAGGAACACACUCAUCUGCCAAAUUAGAAAAUACGGAGAACGAGCGUACACGCGACACUCGUUAGAUACAACUACGAAUACUGUAAAUCGAUGUCAGACCGCGGAAUCGUCGAGCAUUCUUUGCCAAUCAUGCGGUCAACCGACACCGACGACGCAUCCACAUUUAAUGAAAGACGGGGAAGUAGUGCCUGGCGUUCAACUAUGCGAAUUCAAACAGAGACGGAACAAAUUGAUGGAGAGCAUUAUCUCCCAUGCUUCCGUUGCAAACUUAGGGAAAUCUCAUAUUCUGAUUAUUCCUUCUUCAUCCAAGAUGUACAUGUCCGGCAAAAUUCCUUACAUUUUCCGUCAGAACACGGAUUUCUUAUAUUUCAGCGGUGUCCAAGAACCUGACAGUAUUUUGGUAAUCACAGCGAAACAAGAAAACUUUGUAGCGACUUUAUUUAUGGCGCAGCAAGAUCAACAUGCAGAAUUAUGGGAUGGCCCUAAAACUGGUAUCGACAUAGCGCCUAAAAUGUUCGGUGUUGAUUCAGCUCUUCCUGUAACAGAAUUUGAACAGUUCUUCGUUUCUUUCAUCAAUGAAAAUAGAAAGUGUACCAUUUGGUAUGAUAGUAUCGAUGUGGCACAGCCGAAUUUACAUGGAAGACUGUGUGAAUUAAUGAAAUUGACCAGUGAUCAAACACUUGUUUCUCCAACAAGCCUAAUGCACAAGAUUAGAUUAAUUAAGUCACAGUCUGAAGUAGAUUUAAUGAAAAAAAGUUGUGAGAUUGUCUCAGCAGCAAUAUCCAAGACCAUAGAGGUAUCUAGACCUAAGAUGAAUGAACAUCAAUUAUUUGCAACUGUAGAUUAUGAAUGUAGAAUGAACGGAGCCGAAUUCCUAGCAUAUCCGCCAGUGGUUGCUGGGGGUAACAAUGCCAAUAUCAUACAUUAUAUUAAUAACAAUCAGAUAAUUCAGAACGGAGAUAUGGUUCUGAUGGACGCAGGUUGCGAAUACCAUGGCUACUCUUCUGAUGUAACUAGAACCUGGCCAAUUAAUGGAACAUUUACGCGAGAGCAAAAAAUUUUAUAUGAGAUCGUACUGGACAUUCAAAACAUUCUAAUCAAUAAAUUAAAAGAACUGCCGUCGUUAGAUCAAUUGUACCACGAUAUGUGCUGCUUAUUAGGCAAGAGAUUACAACAAAUCGGAUUGAUACCUAAACAUUUAAGUAGAAAUGAAUUACUCUCGGUAGUUUAUGCGUACUGCCCGCAUCACGUGAGCCAUUACCUGGGAAUGGAUGUGCACGACACAGGCAAAAUUUCUAGAAGCAUAAGACUUCAACCAGGAAUGAUAAUUACAAUAGAACCUGGUAUAUAUGUCAAUUGUAAAAAUCGAUACGCCCCUUCGGAGUUUCAUGGCUUAGCUGUUCGCGUUGAAGACGACAUUCUAAUAACAGAAAGUGAUCCGUCAGUGUUAACAGAAAGCUGUCCAAAAGAAGUCUCUGAGAUAGAAAAUUUAGCUAGUCGAUCUGGGUCAUGUGAUGGAUAAAAAUCAACAAAAAAUAUUGUAUAUAUUUAUUUCAUUCGUAAAUUUGCUUGAACGGGAAUGAUUGAACGUUAUAUACUUGUAACCAAUAAAGAAAUAUUAGGAGAAA